AUGGUCAACACCAAUGAUGAACAAAAAAAACAUUUUGUUCUGGUACAUGGUGCAGGUCAUGGAGCAUGGUGCUGGUUCAAACUCAAACCUCUUCUGGAAGCUGUCGGCCAUCGUGUCUCCGCCUUAGAUUUAUCCGCCUGUGGUACCAAUACUAAAGUAAUAUAUCAAGUCACUUCACUGUAUGACUACAUCUUACCAUUAUUAGAAUUCAUGGCAACCAUUCCUUGUGAAGAGAAAGUUGUGCUAGUAGGUCAUAGCUUAGGUGGUAUGUGCAUAGCCCUUGCUAUGGAAAGGUUCCCCGAAAAGGUCUCUGUCGCCGUCUUCCUUACUGCCAUGAUGCCGGAUUCCGUACAUAAGUCUUCUUAUGUUUUAGAUCAGUUUCAUGAAAAGACUCUAGGAGAAGAUAGGUUAGACAAUCAAGUCUUGCCUUACAAGAAUAAUGAAAGUGACACUGAACUGACAUCGGUACUAUUUGGUCCUAAUUUUAUAUCCUCGAAGCUCUAUCACCUAUGUUCCAACGAGGAUCGUGAAUUGAGAAAAAUAUUGGUUAGGCCUGGACCGUUAAUUCGAAAGAGUCUAAAAAGUGCUAAGUUGUUUACGGAAGAAAGGUAUGGGUCUGUGAGGCGGGUUUAUGUCAUUUGUGAUGAAGAUAGUGUCAUCAAAAAAGAAUUUCAGCGUUGGAUGAUCGAUAAUAAUCCAGUAAUCGAAACGAAAGAGUUGAAAGGUGUGAACCAUAUGCCAAUGAUAUGUGACCCAAAGCAAGUUAGCCUUUGCCUCCUUGAUAUAGCUCUUGCAUAUAGUUAA